UAAAUUAUGGAAGUAGGAAGUUAAUUAACAUUUGUUUAUUGUUGGGUUUUUAAACAUGUAUUCGCACGACAUAAUUAGUCGUACAAACAGUCCAAUGCAAAUGGAAAGAGAAAAGAAAGGACAAACUGGAGAACAUUUUUCAUGAACGGUUAUAUACUGCACAAGGAAGAUUAAAUGGAUCUGGAACUAACAUUCACAUAUCUACAGAUAUGGAAGAAGAUGUUAUAGAACCAACAGUGAACUCACUUGUUUCAUCUUUGUCGGAGGUGACAAUUUCCACGAAAGAUCCUUCUUUAGAUUUUCCAUUUCUUAGGGAUCCAAAAACAAUAACAUAUAUAAAAUCAUUUAAAACAGUAUUCAUAAUGAGGGGUGUUUCUGGAUCUGGUAAAUCUACCAUUGCAAGGGCCAUACAGAAAGUUUAUCCCUCUGCUGUUUUGUGUAGUGCUGACGAUUACUUCAUGAGAGAGGGGGAAUACCAUUUUAGUGCCGAUGAUUUGGAAAGUGCUCAUAAGUACUGCCAGAGACUUGCAGAGGAAGCGGUAAGAAAAGACAGCAAUGUAAUCAUUAUUGAUAAUACCAAUGUCAAACGCUGGGAAAUGAAAUUUUACAUGGAUCUAGCUAGGCAGCAUCUUUAUCGUACAGUGAUUGUGGAACCUAAAUUAGACUGGAGAAAUAAUCCCAGUCUUUUAGCAUCUCGGAAUAUUCAUGAUGUUGACGAAAACACAAUACGAAAAAAGAUCAAAGCUUUUGAAGAUUAUGUUCCAUUCUAUUAUGCUUGGUUUUUGAACAGAACUGACAGUACAAUGGUUUACAACAAAUGCUGCAACACCUUGAGGGAUUGUAUAAAAAAUGUUCCAGGAUUUUGCUCCUUUGUAUUAGAUAAAGACUGCAGUGUGGAGGAGUUUUUGGAGUACUUCAGGUUGUCCGAGAUGCCCCAUUCUCUGUACCAUUGCACAGCCAAGUUCUUGGGAGGCCCGAAAAGUGGUACCGUGAGAAGGUUGGAAUACCACCAGAGCACAGAAGUGCAGGAAGCUUGCGGCAAAAGCUUCAAAAUAACCAUGACUGGAAUGAUUGUCACAUCAGCUGUAGUGGCUGCUCGAAUAAAAUUGUCAUCUGAAGAAUUGCUUAUGAUAUAUGACAAACCAGAAGAAAAUACUGAUGGCAGACUAAAAGACAAAUUGUGCUACCCUAAAGGCAGUACUGCUCAUCUGACCAUUGCUACAGCUGAGGGUGUCCUACCAAAGCAUAGCAAUACAGAAAUACUAGCCAUCGCAGACAUGGAGAGGAACAAUGCAGAUGGGAAAGUGUCACAUCGAUUAAAGUCGGGGGUUGUGAACCUCUGGGACCAGUAUUAUUGUUCUGUAAACUUUGAAACACCUGUAGAAAUCAACACACUGUUUUCUGGAUUUUAAUUAAAACAAUUGAAUAUUUUAAAAAAGAUAACUUAUUUCUAUCCCAUGUGUGUUCUUUUAUCUAUGAAUGUAAUUGUUCCUUUAGCAUAAUGAUUUUAUUCUAAUAAACUUGUUAGCGGAUUGUUUUUGUUAAUCACCAAAAUAAAAAAGCAUUGGUCAUGAAAUUGAUAAGAGUGAAAGUUAUUUUUUGUAUGAAGUCACAAUUAUAAUGACUUUUUACCUGGACAGAAGGUUCAUUUACAAGUGAGCUUUUCUGGGUUUUAAUUAAAGCAAUUGAAUAUUUUAAAAAAGAUAACUUAUUUCUAUCCCAUGUGUGUUCUUUUAUCUAUGAAUGUAAUUGUUCCUUUAGCAUAAUGAUUUUAUUCUGUUAAACUUGUUAACGGAUUGUUUUUGUUAAUCACCAAAAUAAAAGAGCAUUGGUCAUGAAAUUGA